AAGCACAAAGGCAUAUCCUUUUAUAGUCCUCUCCCUGUUGUUGGCAGCCUGGUUGGACGUAGAAAGGGGGGAGGUGAAGGAGACACCUGUGGUCAGAGGAUAAAGGGUCUCUAAUCGYCCACCUUUGUCUGCAGUGCGAGGGAUCCCUCUGCCGUGUCCGUUCUGAGUGCCCCUUGCAAUGGCUCCUAAAAAGAAGGAAGAGCCGAAGCCUGCUGCACCAGCAGCCCCCAAGCCCCCAGAGCCUGAGCGCCCCAAGACCCCGGAGUUUGACCCAACAUCAGUGACGCUGGAAUUCACCCCGGAACAACUUGAGGACUUCAAAGAUGCUUUCCAGCUGUUUGACCGCACACCGACCAAUGAGAUGAAAAUCACUUACGCUCAGUGUGGGGACUUGAUCAGGGCUUUGGGCCAGAAUCCUACCAAUGCAGAGAUCAUGCACGUUCUUGGAAAGCCCAAACCUGAAGACAUGCAGUMCAAGAUGCUCGACUUUGACCAGUUCUUACCAAUCCAUCAGCACAUUUGCAAGGCCAAAGAUCGUGGAACGUUUGAAGAUUUUGUGGAGGGCUUAAGGGUGUUUGACAAAGAGGGAAACGGCACGGUGAUGGGUGCUGAGCUCAGACAUGUUUUAGCAACUCUGGGUGAGAAAAUGAGAGAGGAUGAAGUGGAGCAGCUCAUGCAAAACCAAGAGGAUGCUAAUGGGUGUAUAAACUAUGAAGCUUUUGUAAAGUACAUCAUGGCAACUUAAAAAAUGAUAUCUGUUUCAGCUUCUGUAUUUUGGUGCUGCAUCACAGGAURGUUUUAAAAUUAAAGACACUAAACGAGUUUGUCUCCUUCACUGGAAAACCAAGAAUAUUUUGUUCUUAAAGAUCUUUGUUUUCCUGGAAAUCCCCUUCUGUAUUUUAAUCAUUUUCAUUUCUCAUGGAUAGAUGUMACUCAUAAAUGCUUCACAUUGUCUAGGGUUUCUGGUGCGGAUGCUGUGCACCCAUCAACAUUUUAUAUCUCAUGGGAAAUAAAUGCAGUUGUUUUGA